UAUAAGAAACAAGCCAAGGAGCCGCUUGCCGCUGGCAGAAACUUGCCGAAGGUGCUCGGUGGCGUCACCCCUUCCCCCUGGUGGACCUGCGGGCCUGCCGAGUCCGGGGAGGAUGAGGUCGUCCUGCGUGCUGCUCGCCGCGCUGGUGGCCCUGGCCGCCUACUACGUCUACAUCCCGUUGCCCGGCGCCGUGUCCGACCCCUGGAAGCUGAUGCUGCUGGACGCGACUUUUCGAGGCGCACAGCAAGUGAGUAACCUGAUACACUACCUGGGCCUGAGCCACCACCUGAUCGCGCUGAAUUUUAUCAUCAUCGCAUUCGGCAAGAAAGGCGCCUGGUCGUCGGCCCACGUGAAGGUGACCGACACCGACUUCGACGGCGUGGAAGUCAGGGUGUUCGAAGGCUCGCUCAAGCCGGGAGAGUCCCUGAAACGCGGCCUCAUCUACAUCCACGGCGGAGGGUGGGCCUUGGCCAGCGCAAGUAGGUGUCCUGCUCCCUUUACACCUGUUAGAUACUACGAUGAGCUGUGUGCGGCAGUGGCUGAGGAGCUGAAUGCUGUUGUUGUCUCCAUUGAAUACAGGCUGGUUCCCAAGGUGUAUUUUCCGGAGCAGAUCCAUGACAUAGCCCGUGCCACCAAGUAUUUCCUGCAGCCCGAAGUCCUACAGAAGUACAUGGUUGAUCCGGGCAGAAUCGGCAUUUCUGGUGACAGCGCUGGUGGGAAUUUGGCUGCUGCCCUGGGACAACAGUUUGUUCAAGAUGCCAACCUGAAACCUAAGAUCAAACUGCAAGCUUUAAUUUAUCCGGUCCUCCAAGCAUUGGAUUUCAACACACCCUCUUAUCAACAAAAUUCACACACCCCAAUCCUGCCCCGCUACGUCAUGGUCAAGUAUUGGGUGGACUACUUCAAAGGCAACUAUGACUUUGUGCAAGCGAUGAUUGUCAACAAUCACACGUCCUUGGACGUGGAAGAGGCUGCUGCCCUCAGGGCCCGGCUAAACUGGACGUCCCUCCUGCCCCCCUCCAUCACCAAGCACUACAAGCCCGUUGUGCCCACGACGGGUAAUGCCAGGAUCAUCCAGGAGAUUCCUCAGUUGCUGGAUGCCCGGUCAGCCCCGCUCAUUGCUGACCAGGAAGUUCUCCAGCUUCUUCCCAAGACCUACAUCCUGACCUGUGAGCAUGAUGUCUUGAGAGACGACGGACUCAUGUACGCCAAGCGCUUGGAGAGUGCCGGUGUGGAUGUGACCCUUGACCACUUUGAGGAUGGUUUCCACGGCUGCAUGAUCUUCACCAGCUGGCCCACCGACUUCUCCGUGGGCAUCCGGACCAGGAACAGCUUUAUCAAGUGGCUGGAUCAGAACCUGUGAAGAUGGGGGAACUCAGGGGAGGCUCUGUCCGUCUCCAUCCCCACACCUGCUUUGGCAAGAUGUGCCCCCUUUCUGUUGACUUUUCCCACCCACCUGCCCGCUCUGACCUCCUGAGUUUCAUCAUCUGUGUUGCCUGUGGACGAACUGGGGUAACUUACAUGCAAACAUGUCAUACUCAGCUCCCAGCCUGGGUUGCCCUUUCUGUGCUUAUUAUUGCAUCCGACUUCUGCAGAUAACCAGACCCGGAGCUGGGAGCCGCUUCUGUCCCUGCCUCCCUCAAGCUGUGUGUUUCAGGAGCAAUUUUCCAGCUGUGGAUGAUGCAAUGCCCUUUGACGUGUUGAGAGAACAUGAGCUCUGCAUGAGCUUUACCUGGUGGCAGACAGUGGUGAGCGCGUGCGCUUUCAGGUCUGUGCUGGGAUCCUGCGCCCUUGGGUCUUUGUGGAUGGAAAAUUUUGCUUCUGUGGGAAUCCUGAGCAAAGCUUUCCAGACAGAACAAGUAUCUCAAAGACUUUCUUCUUCUCGAGUGUUAAUUUUAUGAGCUAGCUCUAAGUCCAGUUGGAUUAAAAUAAUACUUGAAAGCAACCUUCUACCAAUUGUGAUUAGAAAAUAAGACAUGCAUGCACAGGGUAUCUUCCACGUUGUGAAGUUGUGUUUUUGGAUUAUGCCGUCUCCUUGAGGAUGUCUUUUGUGAACACAUUUGCUUAGAUUUAGGCUAAAUAUUUCAUUAUAGAAAGGUAGAACCAGGCAAGUUAAACAAUUUCAUAUUUCAUGACACUCCUUUUGACCUAAAUUACCAAGAGCAGUAGGUAUAUAUUUGACUUAGGCAGGGAAGAAAAUAUAUGUACUGUUUGUGUAAAAUGAUGAAAAAUAUCUGUGGGUGAUUUAGUCUGUUCUUAAAAACUCAACUUUUUCACUCCUAUGGCUAAAAUGGGGGCUAUUUUGGUAUAAUAUAAUACACUGUUUAUUUUUUCAAGUUAUUUAUCGUAAACCUAUGUGGCUAAUAUACAUAGCUAGAAUUAAACAUUUUUGGAAAUAAAUGUUUAAAUAACAGCAUUUAAAAAACCUACUUUAGAGUUAUACCCACAUUUAAUUUUAUGGAAAGAAAUAAAUUAUUAAUAAUACUAUAUCUUAGGCAUAAAUAUUUUGACAUUUAUAUGCAGAUACAAGUAAAAAUAAUUAGAAAAUAUGAUAGCAUCAAAUAAACACAUUAAGUUUCCACAGAUUAAGAAUCCCCAAACCAAAAAUCCAAUGUUUCAUUCUGAACUCUUUGAGCACUAACAUUUUGCCAGAAGUGGACAAUUUGCCAGAAGUGCAAUAUGCAAUAUUACUGAUUAUGUUGUCUAAAAUUGUCUUCAUGCUAUACAUACAAAAAUAUAUAUAUAAUAGACAUCAAUGAGUUUCUUACUUAGACUUAGGUCCCAUCCCCAAGAUAUCUCAUUAUGUGCAUGCAAAUAUUCCAAAAUUAAAAAAAAAAAAGCCAAGUGUGACCCAUCUGGUUCCAAGCAUUUCAGGUGAGGGAUGGUCAUGGUGCAGACAUUCGCUGCACAACUCUGCUCUUCGUCAGAGGAACCACGACUCAUGUUCUUCUGGGUGAAGGAUUCACAUCAGUUCCUGGUGCCUGACCUCCUCCCCUCGGUGCUCACCCUCCCGCCCCCAGUCCCAGCUGCCGCCAAAGGUUCACUUCACACUCAGUCGUCACUGGCAGAGGGGACAUCCUUGGCCUGGCUAGAAACUCCAAUUCUGAGUAGAGCUGAGUCGUUCUGCUCUCCUUGCGGCCACCCUUCCUGCUCUCCCACUCCAUGCUACUGUUCAGGAGUGGCGAGAGCAGCGCGGCUGAGGAAUGAAGGAUACAAGGUCCCCAGGAAAGAAAGCUGAACCUCUUUAUUGCUGCGAAGGAUGGCUCUUCCAGCCAUGAAACAGCGAAUGAAAAUUUCCAGGCCUAUUUCUUCAUGUAUUACAACAGUCAAUAGCAUGUGAUAUCCAUCAUAAGUUGAUACAACAGACGAGUGUGUGUCGAGUAAUGCAUGCUAACUUGCUUAGGCGGGUCAUUUACCAUCCUGGACCUCUUCUUAAAUCAGCUGGCUUGGUCACCUGAUCUUUUCAGUCUGUUGGUUGCAAAUCCGAACCGUUCUGAAAGAUUGGCCAGUCACACUGACACCCUUCGCAGUGGUUUUACAGUGGGCCAUAAUCCCAUAUGCACAGGCACAUUCAUCAUCAGAGAUUUUUAUUGGACUUUGGGGUCUUACUCUUUGACACCUAUUCUCUUCCUAAGCUAUUACUCCUUUUGACACCAUCUUUGGUGGACUUAUUUUGAGUUUAUGCACCUUUAUAAAAGACGAUGCCUAAUAUUUGCACACAGUACUUUAAGAUAACACUUACUUUUUAACCAGAAUUGUGAGGUGAAUUCUAAAGGAAUUACAGGUAAUUACGGAAAACAAAUGAUUACAGAUUCCUAAGAGUCUCAGAUGAAAGGGAGUGAAAAAAAAGGGGGUCAACCACUGUUUCUGAUGAAAUACUUGAGUUUUAUUGUUCUUUGCGUUUUUAUUCUUAUAAAAAAAUUUAUGCUCUGUGGAUUGAUCCUUUUUAGUAUUGUAACUGUUUUGUUUUCCUAUUUUAUGAAAAAUGUUGCUAAUCUCUUUGUAAUGUCAUUGUUGUCUAUGAAAUACGAACAUUAAUAUAUGAAGAACAACCUUAAAGUGCUGAACAAUAUAGAGAACUAUAAAUUAAUCUUAGUGUUUGAUCAUUGAUUUGUAAAAAUUUCAAGGCUAUUGUGUAACUGUCAUGAUGGAGACAAUAUUUUAUGCAUGAACUUUUAACCUUUGAUAUUUUGUUUACCUCCCAUGACAAAGCUGGGGGGGGGGAAGGGACAGAUUUUAUGAAGGACUUUAGCAGCAAAUAUAUUUUAUAAACUGAAAAUCCAGAGUGGGGAUAGGAUGUCAGUUAUCUGUUUUGAAUCAUGUUUGGAAAUAAAAUGGCUCCAUCUGGGAA